AUGGUCGUUACACAGGAAUUUGGUCAGCACUUUGCACAGCUGCUUGCCCGUCUUGGUGCUGCCCGAGAACCCCCGGAAGCCGAGCGGCGUGAGACAGGGCGUGCCAUUAGGCCUACUGGGACAGGUGUUGCACUGAGGCUCGCAGCCGACGUUGCUGACCUGGUGAGGCAGGUGGCCGGGCAGGCAGUCGUUGAGGUACGACAUCAGGGGCGAUUUAUCAGUGCACUCCGGGUGACGGUUAGGCAUAUUUUUGAGUGGACGAUUGCACUGCCACGUAUAUGGUGUGACGUUCUUGCCGUACUUACACUGCGCCCAGCCGUGAUGUCUGGCGCCGAGGCCGCACCGGGCUGA